AUGUCAGGCCCGUUGAGUAUUGCGGAAAUGGAUGAACUCGAAAAUCGGGAAAGUGCACGAAACUAUUUAUGUAUGCCCCUAUUAAGGGUCUUUAAAGUGAAAUUCGAUAAGGCCCUAAAAGGCGAUGAACAUGUGGCGGUUGUGGGCGAUCAUAAAACUCUCGGUGAAUGGCGUAUCGAAAAAAGUCUGAAACUGAAGACUAGAAACCGUAUACGCUGGUAUUUGAAGAAAUAUAUUUGUGCUAAUGAACGUAUGCAUUAUCGGUAUUUUGUGUAUAAAACUAACAAAAACGGUAAAAAGCGCGUAAUCGCUUGGGAAGGUCAACAACAUGCGCGCGUCUUGGAGUAUUAUCAGAUUUUUAGUCAAGCUGACGGUGAUAAAUUUGGCGAGGUGUACGGUGUGGUGGAAACUGAACGUGGUUGGUUGCGGCAUGAAUACGUAAUUCAGUUUCAGUUUAUAUGGGCGCGACAUAUCAAAUUCAAUAAAAAUGCUAAAAUGAAACGACUUCGGCAAUUUGUGCUUAAAUUAAAUGUUCUCAAUGAAAACGGCAGAUUUUUACAUAGCCGACAUGCUAAAGCUGAAAUUGAGGUCGUGAAAUAUGCCUACAAGAAUGCAGAGUUCACCAAACAACCAAGUAAUGGCAUUGCGUUUAUUGAAGGUGCAGAUGUUGCUAUUUUUCGCGUUACAGAGACAAUUGAGACGAGCAGCACAUACGAGUUGAUAUUGAAGACAUUGGAUGGUGUGCCAAUUGGUAGUGCGCGAAUAACAUUGGAAGAUAUACACAGAUUUGAGGGAGUGCUUAACUUGCCUAUACACACAAUUUCCGAUGGUCAUCAAAUCGGUGUCUUAAAACUGCCUUAUUUGUUAUUGGCGCCUUUGCCGAAUGCUACGGAGUUGACUAUGCGCAGCAGUUUUCAUCACUACUGGCCACGCAAUUGGCCCAUAAUGGAUGUAGGCAAUCGCGGCAUAGGUAAAAGUUUUUUUCACUUUAAUGCACCAGUAAUGGAAAAUACUUUGAGAAGUUUUAUAUAUGCUUAUGAGUUGAAAGCAGAUAUGGCUAAAUUAGAAAUUUACUCGACCAAAGACUACAUGCCCGUUGUUUGGAAUAGCUUCGGGUUUUACACGGCUGCAGAUAAUGCUGUGAUUGAAAGUUUAUAUGACUUAGAAUAUGUUCUAUUGAGCGAGUUGAAUUUUGCAGAAUUGAGAGAACGAAGAGUGUUUAUACCCAAAGACACAUAUAUCUAUGAAUACACCGAUUUAUUGAACGAAACUAUUGAAAAUAAAAUUUUCUUAACUCUCGCUGAACUUUAUCAAAAUUUGCCACAGGACCUUGGCUUAAUUAUUGAACUGCAAUGGCCACAAGCUUUGCAAAAUGAUGAAUGUGAUUUCAUACAAAAUUUGAAUAAAAAUCAUUUUAUUGACGUCACUUUGCAGUUAACCACAUACUUCGGUUGUGGGCGUGCCCUAAUUUUUACCAGUAUGGAUGCGAAUAUCUGUGCAAUGUUACGCUAUAAGCAAACCGCCUUUCCUGUCAUGUUUAUGACAACUGGUGAAUCGACUUUGUGGCCGUCAUUUAAGGACCUCAGAACUCGUACGUUUUUUGAUGCCAUAAAUUUGGCACAGUCCGAAAAUCUUUUGGGCACAGCACCGCAUGCAGACAAUUUUGUCGGCGGCCAUGUGGACAUUAAAUCAGGAUUUGCACUGAGACAAGUCGUUUUUCUUUGGGGCGAUUGUUUGAACAGCACUGAAAAUUUGGAAACAUAUAGGACACUACAUGCAACGGGAUUGAUUUAUGAUCGUAUCGAUUUGAAUGGUCCGAAACGUAAACGGGCCAAUUUUUUUGCAGCUUCCGAGUUGAAUGAAAUAUUUAAACGUCAAUGUAUCUCAAUGGGUAGAAUUAGUAGUGAAAGAUGA